AUGCAUUCUGCUACUUCUCUAUCCCCUUUUGAAGUUGUAUAUGGUUUUAAUCCUCUUACCCCGUUGGACUUGUCUACGGUAGACUUGCCUUUGCCAUAUUUGUUGGAUGUAGAUGGUGUGGGGAAAGAUCAAUUUGUGAAGGAUUUGCACGUUCAAGUACAAGAGCGGAUCCGUCGGAAUGGUGAGCAAGUAGCCCGACAAGUGAAUAAGGGGCGCAAGAAUGUUGUCUUUCAACCCGGGGAUUGGGAGUGGGUACACUUUAGGAAGAUGCGUUUUCCCGACAAAACCAAGGGGAAACUUGCGCCGAGAGGAGAUGGUCCAUUUCUUGUGUUGGAACGCGUCAAUGAUAAUGUCUAUGUGAUCUACUUGCCCGGUGAGUACAACGUGAGUUGCACUUUCAAUGUGGCUGACUUUAGCCCGUUUGAUUUUGUAGGGAGUCCGGAUUUGAGGACAAAUCCUUUCCAAGAAGGGGAGGAUGAUACGACCCCAUGUGGAGGCCCCACAACGAGGUCCAUGGCGAGGUGA